GCGAAUCCAAAAACACAAAAAAAAACUUCUUCUUCUUCUUUUCGCCAUUAACACCUGAAAGAAAUGAGAUAAGAGAGAACAAAACCAAAAAUAAUGGUGGGACUAAGUAUUGUUUUGGAGAUGACUAACAACAACAACAACACUCUCAACAGUGACGGUGGCUUAAUUAUUAGUCCUAAAGUCGUCAACAAAGCCAACGUUAUCGUCACCACCACCGUGACGACGGACACGACUAAUCUCCGUCGUUGUUAUCAAGAUUCUGGAUUUCUCGAACAUUGUUUUCUCUGUAGAAGAAAACUUCUUCCUGCGAAAGAUAUCUACAUGUAUAAAGGUGAUAGAGCGUUUUGUAGCGUGGAGUGUAGAUCGAAGCAGAUGAUUAUGGACGAAGAAGAAAGUUUGAGAAGAGAGUAUUGUUCGUUAAUGGAUGUUAAGAAGAAGAAAUCUGAAUCUCCGGCGACGGCGCCGUCGCGUUACCGCCGAGAUCCGAGAAACCUAGCAGGCGGUUUCGCUUACUGAAGCAGAGAGAAUCGCAAAGACUGAAAAAGUUGUGUGGUUUUGACUUUUUUACCCUUAGGCUAAGUUUUGUCGUUUUGUUUA